GGAGCCGCCUUCGACUAUGGGGGAAAUGGGAGCUCAGGUUGGGCGGGCUGCACACAGUGGGGCAUCUGUGCCCCCCUUCCAGCCCACCUCACCCCACCUCUGCACCCCCAGCGCUGCCAUGAAGCGCCUCAAAGGCGCCGACUUUGUGUCCCGCACCGCCAGCCCGGAGGGCACAGAGGAGCUGCUCACAGAGCUGUCGCAAUGCCUCUCCAGCAGCACAGCUGUGCCGGGCAGCGUGCAGAGCACGGUGUGCGACCGCAUCCUGCGGGCCUGCGUGCAGCGCCUGGCGGAGCCCAGCUGCAGCCUCGAGCACACCAACAAAGUGCUGGCCUUGGCCCAGGCGGCCUGCAGGGGCUUCGUCACCGCCUCCACCACCCCGCCGGCCCCUCUCUACCUGGAGAAGAUCCUCUUCCACCUGCUGAAGAACGCGGCUGCCCAGGGCCAUCGCGAUGCCCGCGGGCGGGCGGCGGAGCUCCUCCACGCUCAGCUCUGCGCUCACCGGCAGCGCCGUGCACCGUCUGCCGACUUCGGUGCCGUCGCCCACAGCAGCUUCUGCACGCUGUGGAGCGCGGCGGGGACGCUGGGGGACCGCCUGCAGGCCCUGCGCUUCCUGCUGCUGCUGGAGGAUGAGGAGGGGGCCGUGCUGCCCCUGGAGCCGCCCUUCUUCACCUCGCAGACCGCCCGGCAGGCGCUGGCGGCUGCCGCUCUCUCCAAAGCCCACCACGCUCCAUCCUCGGCUUGCUUUGGCCGGGAGCUGCGGGGCGUCCUGACCUCCCUGCGCGAGGAUGCGGCGCGGCCGCCCGCUCUGCCCCAGGCCCUUUGCUUCUUGGAGCUGGCGCUGGAGCAGUGCCGGCAGCUCUGCAAGUGCGGCUGCUACGGGGAGGCGGAGGCGGCGCUGAGGGACGCGCCGCUGGGUGGUGCGGCGAAGGCCUCGGGGCGCUUCCUCAGGGUACUGGCCGAGGGCUGCCAGUUCGUCACCGCGGCCCUCGGUGAGCGUGCCAGGAGCAGCCAGCAGCAGCCGCUGCCUCGGGAGGACGUGCUGCAGCUCUGCGCCUUUGUGCAGGGCCACCGCCGUGUCCUCAGCCUGCUGCUGGACGUGGUUCCUCCUGACGGCGUGAAGCAGCGGCUCGUGCUGAAGCAGCUGCUGUACCACAGCCUCCAGCUCUUCACCACCAUGGCCUGUGACACCUUCCGCGCCUCCCAGGUGGCCGGGUGGUCAGGGCAGGAGCAGCUGACAUCGGGCUGCCAGGACACCGUGAUGCAGCUGCUGGAAGCUCUGGAGGGACUUCCCCAGGGGGAGCAAGUCAAGUACCUCGACAUUACCGCAUCGUGCGCGUUUAAGCUGGCAUACAUCUUCUACAGCCAGAACCUUCACAAGGAAGCCAGCUCCAUCUCUGAGCUCUUCUGCAAGAGGCUGAAGAAAAUAGAUGCCUUUGGAUUUCCAGAGAUACCCCCCGAAAAACUGCACAGAUGCUUCAGGCUGCAGGUGGAAAGCUACCGAAAGCUGGGCCGGCUGGAGAGUGCGCUGGCAUCCUGCGUGCAGUGGCUGACGUCGCUGCAGGGCCGCAUCAGGGAGCUGCUGGCGGAGCCCAUCGGCCUCUGGGCCCGAGUGAAAACAGACAGCGUGAAGCAGGGAGCGGAGGGUUUGCAGCUGAGAACCCUGAAGGAAGAACUGUCUGCUCACCACCUGGACACGGACACCUUGGUGGCCGUGCUCUUCGCCGAGCUGAAGGCUUACAAGAGCAUCCGUGCUGACACGGGGCAGGAACGCUACAACGUGCUGUGCGACCUGUUGGAGAUCUGCUCAGAGGACAGCGGCCGCCUGCACGAGCGCGCUGCCGGUUUGGUGGAGCUGGCCCAGGUCUUGUGCUACCACAACUACGCCCAGCAAACCGACUGCUCUGCCUUGGACUCUGUCCACGAAGCACUGCGGCUGUUGGACUCGGUGCCCAGGAGUGCUGAGAACCAGGAGCAGCUCCUCGAUGACCGGGCGCAGGCUCUGCUUUGGCUCUACAUCUGCACACUGGAGUCCAAACUCGAGGAGGGCAUAGCGAGGGAGCAGAGAGUCAAAGCUCUGGGACAGAAGAACCUGGAAGACUUUGAACCCAAUGACCUCAACUACGAAAGCGGGCUGCAGGAGGACGCGUUCCUGAACAGUGGCAUCUCCUUCAACCUGGUGACAGAGUUGGCUCAGUCCAAGAGCCUGGAUGAUGCCUUGGCCCUAUGGAAGCAGCUGUUGGCAUCUCAGGGUGUCCCAGCUGUGCGCAGCCUGGAGCAGACCGUUGCCUCUCUUCGUGUUACAGCAGCUCUCUACAGGCUGAUGGACGAGCCCCUGCAAGCCCUGGAGAGCUACCUGCUGGUGCGAGGCCUGUGCCGUGCACUUGGGGAUGAUUUGGGCACAGCCAGCGCUCUCUGCCAGGUCACCAAACUGCUUCUCCAGCUGGAGUGCCCCAGCUAUGCCCAGCUCUUCCUGGAAGAAGCAGAGACCUGCUUGCAGAGAGCUGACAGGGACAGUGACUCCUACCUGCUGCUGCAGCAGACCUGCCUCGUGCUCCGCAGCCAGCUGUACUGCGCCAGCCACCGCAUCAAAGAUGGCACUGCCCUCUUGCUGGAGGUGCUCCAGAACCCAGCUCUGCAAAAGACUGCCAAGGUCUGGUACAUGCUCCAAGCACAAGUCCUGCAGCUGACUGCCACCUACCUGAGCCUGUCGCCCGCCCACCUCUCGCCAGAGUUCAGGCAGCACAUCUUUGCACAGGGAUGGAAGACGCCCGAGACAGCUCUGAGCGAAGCCCACAAGUUGUUACGCAGCAUCAUCCUCCUCCUGAUGGGCAGCAACGUGCUGGGCUCCCACAAGUCAACGGCAGACAUCCAGUUCAUGGAUUAUGGGGACAACGUACUGCAGAAGUGGCAAGUGUUGGCCGACGUGCUGAGCUGCUCAGAGCGCCUGGUGGUCCUCCUCAGCAGGGUGGAGGUGAUGUGCAAAGCCAAAGCCUUCUGCUUGGAGGCCGUCAAGCUGGCUGUGAAACUGCAGGCAAUCCGAUGGUGUGUUUCUUUCCUGGUGCUGAAGGCUCAGCUGGAGCUGCAGCAGAGCGAGCUGGAGCUGAGCCACUGGAACCUGCAGCAGGCUCUGUUCCUCCUGGAGUCUGGCACCGAGUUCGAGGCUGACGAGAAGCAGCGAGGCCCCCUGAAGAUCUUGCCCAGGAAGGGCAAACCAGAGAGCAGGAGGCAGCGGGAUGAAGGCUCCGAGCUCCCUGGGGAAGAUGAGGGCUUUCUGAAGGGCCCUGCGCUGGAGUUCGUGGCCAUGGUGAGCGGCCUGGAGAAAGCAGACGACCUCAGCUCCUCGCCGCAGCUGAAACCCAAGAGGAAGAGGAGGCUUGCCUUCCUCGCCCACCCCGCUGCCUGCCCCUGCUGCCUCUGCUCCGACCUGACCCUGUCGUCCCUCUGCCUCCGCUGGCUGCUCUGCUGUGCGCGGGGGGAGCUGGCGGCCGGCAGCGCAGCCGAAGGGCUGGGGCUGAUCCAGGCCACCCUGCAGCGCUGCGGCACCGUGGGCCCUCGCUUCGCCGUCCUGCUGCGGGACAAGCUGGGCAACGGUCACCAGGCACCCGCGCUGAAGCUGUUGGAUGAUUUGGUGGCCACCGGCUACGCCACGCUGGCCCUUCACAGCCUGGCUGGUCCCUGGCCCGAGGAGAAGCUGGAGGAGCACCUGAAAGCCGGUCUGUCCUUCCUGGCAUCCUGCAGCGCCCACCUGCCCAGCCUGGGGGUCUCUAGGGCCAGCCUGCUGCUCGCCAAAGCCACGGCUGCUGUUUGCCGCUUGGCUGCCGGGCACGGAGGCUCUGUGGAUGCCGUCUUCGCCUCCGCUUGGGCUUGGCAGCCAGCCCUGCCGAGUCCCACCGAGCCCAAAGCAGCGGUGGCUGCGCCCAGGAUGGACAAAAUUCAACUAAAGAGGCUUAAAAACAAAGCGGCAACCGCAGCAUCCCCCGUGCUCAAACCCAAAGCCAAGAAGACCCAGAGAGCGAAGCCCCCCUCGGUGGCAGAUUCCAACGACGCCUUUCUCGUGAGCGAUUCUGACGCAGAGCUGCCCGCUGCUGUUGGUCAGACCGUGACAACGUCCUGCACCCCGCGCCCCAACGCCCGGCCCCGCAGCAAAGCUCGUGCACGGGGCUCUGCGGCAUCCCCUGCACGUAAACCCAGAGGGAAGAAGAGCCAGAAAGCCAAGCACACGGACACCGACGACGUCUUCGCUUUGGGUGACUCGGACAGCGAGGUGCCUCCCAUUGUGAUCCGACCCGCAGCGGCGCCCUGCACCCCGUGCCAGAAGUCGUCCCGUCCUCCAGCCAAGACGUGCAGCCGGGGGGCUGCGAUGCCCCUACGCCCCAGGGCUCCCUUCACUGUGUUCAGCGAGGCCUCGCCGCCGCUCAGCAAGUCACAGCUCCUGAAAGCACCCAAAGCCCGUGGGAAAACCAGGUCCCGGCUGGCGGUGACGUUCAGCGACGACAGUGACAUUGAGGGUCUCAAAUCAGUGCUGAGCCCCGUCGCCAGCAAAGCACCCGUUCCCAGCUGCAAGACGCCGCAGUCGGUGUGCUGCUCGCAGAGAGCUCUGCUCCCCCGGUCCGUGGAGGUGGGGGGCUCCCAGCUGAGCUCCUCCGUGGGCAGAGGCUGUGGGAGCAGCACUCGGUCCCGACGGGGACGCAGAGUUGGGGGCACAGAGAAAAAGGAGCGGGCGGCACGCAGGGCUCCGAGCUGGAAAGGGGACGAGGAACGGGAGCUGCUGAGAGCCAUUGAAGAGGAGGAAAAGGUGGAGGAACAGCUUGACAUCAGCUUGGAGCUACUCCGAGCCUCUGAGGAUGGAGCUGAGGACAGAAUCCAAUGCAGGCAGGAGGGCGCAGACACGGAGCCCAAGGUGCUGCGGCAGGAGGUCGGUGGGGAGGUCCUGGCACAGCAGAGGCUGGGCAGAACGGAGCCCCUGUGCCUCAGCGCCCUGCACAAAGUGCUGCCAACUGUGGAUGACACCUCCUUGCUGGACACAGCCUGCGGGUUCCUGAAAUCUGCCUUCGGCUGCAUCAGCCACUGCCCACCCGGCACGCUGUACAGCCAGCUGUGCCAGCUCCUGGCUCUGGCCACGGGUGAUCAGGACCCCAUCACCACUGCCUACCUGCUGGCCGAGUCUGUCUCGGUCACCACACGCCAUCAGCUGCUCAGCAUCGUCCACAGGAAGCUUCAUAAGGAGAAGAAAUCAGCAGCAGAUGUGGCUGAGCAGCUCCAAGGGCUGACCCUGCAGGACAAGGACACUGCUUCACACCACCACCACCACCUCACUGAGCUCCAGGACCUCUUCAGCUUCAGCCCCACAGGUCUGGGGCCCCAAGAGCGCAGCAGCUUCAGUGAGCAGCUGCAGCAGAUCCCAGCUGGGAUGACUGUGUGUGUGCUGACUCUGGUGAGCAUCCAGCCCACCUCCGUGGGGGACACGCUGCUGCUGACACGGCUGGAGAGGGGCAGCGCUCCCGUCACUCUCCGCAUCCCAACUGCACUCAGCAAGACCCCACUGAGCUCAGUGCUGAGCGACUUCGACUCCAUCCAGAAGGAGCAGAAGGAUGCCAGCAGCUACACUGACAAGCGGGAAUGGUGGCUGUGCCGUUUCAAGCUGGACCAGAGGAUGAAGAGCCUCAUUGAGACGCUGGAAACGCAGGUGUUGGGCUGCUGGAAGGCAGCGCUGCUCCCUGCAGCCCAGGAUCCCCUGCUGGCUGAGGAAGCUGCCCGUUUAUGUGCUCAGCUGCAGCAGUGUGGCUGGUGGGGCAAAGAUCCGACCCUGCUUAAGGUGGUGCUGAACGCCGCUGCCCUCCUCAGCCCUGCUGAUGUGCGAGCCCUGGCCGUGGGGUUGUGCCCAGCUCAGCCCAGCAGAGCCCAGCUCCUCUUGCAGGAGGCUCUGGACAAGCAGAAAAACGGCACAGGGGAGCCUGGAGGUUCCGUCAUCCUGGUACUGGAUAAGCACCUGCAGAAGCUGCCCUGGGAGAGCAUGGCGUGCCUCAGGGACCUGCCUGUCACCCGGCUCCCAUCCCUGCGCUUCCUCCUCAGCUACGCCCUGACACAGAGGCAGGCAAACUCCGUGCUGUGCCGCGGCAUCGACCCCAGCAGGACCUUCUACAUCCUCAACCCUCAGAACAACCUCUCGAGCACUGAGGAGCGUUUCCGCAGCUGGUUCGAGAGUGAACCAGGCUGGAGAGGGGUGACAGGAUCAGUCCCCAGCCAGGAGCAGAUGCAGGCAGCGCUGCUGGAGCACGACCUGUACAUCUACGCAGGACACGGAGCAGGUGCCCGCUUGAUGGACGGGCAGACCAUCGCCCAGCUGCAGUGCCGUGCUGUCGCUCUGCUCUUCGGCUGCAGCAGCGCUGCGCUCGCCGUGCGUGGCAGCCUGGAGGGUGCAGGCAUUGUGCUGAAGUACAUCAUGGCUGGCUGCCCCCUCGUUUUGGGCAACCUGUGGGACGUCACCGACCGCGACAUCGACCGCUACGCCGAGGCCUUGCUGCGGGCCUGGCUGGGGGCUCCUGGCCCCGGGGUCCCCCUCCUCCGCUACGUGGCCGAGGCCCGGCGCGCCCCCCGCCUCCAGCACCUCAUCGGCGCUGCCCCUGUGGCCUACGGCCUCCCUGUGGCCCUGCGGUGACAUGGAUGGGGGUGGGCACCGGACCCCCAUCGCACAUACGGUCACGGGGCUGCGUUUGUCUCGUUAUAAUUUAUUUUAAUUGCUGCGUUCGUAUUGUCAGAGGUAAAUAAAGCCGUUCCUACUGAA